AUGUGUAGAGGCAGUGGCUUUUUAUAUAGGCGGCGCGACAAACUGAGAAAGAGACUCAGUGGGAAAUUGAUAACAGAGAGACAAGAGAGGGAAAACGCACACAGAGCGAAAACACACACAGAGGGAAAACACACAUACAGAGAGGAAGCCAAAAAAAGAAGUUUAGACGGGCGCGAGCGGGCGCGAGCAGGCGCGGGUGGUGUCAGCGAGAGAAAGCGGGUAAUGCAGAGGAAACAGAGGAGACAGAGGAGACAGGCAGAGAAAAAGCAGACUGGAGUGCAAAGUGCAAAGAAAGCAAACCACAGUAAAGUGGCGCGCCGUUUAGUAAUGGCCGCGGCCCAGCCAGCUGCGCGGGGACAUUCGGGAAUGUGCGGUAUACGAGGGCCGGAUUGGGGUGCGGUUUCUUCUGGGCACCGCACCAGUUCCGGCCGGCUGGUAGAUUAUGCAGACACCACUGUGGAAACACAAUGCAGAGACGGCGUGCUGAGAAAGGCGUGCUCGGCUAGAUCUGUGCCCCAUGCGGAAUGCGAUCGUGCAGAUCGCUCGUAA